AUGUCUACCCUGCAGAGUCAGGGGUCGAGAUCUGGUGCGCAAAGCGCCCGGGGUCCCACCCCAAAGCGGAUACCCCUGUCCGGCUAUGGCGCACCUCUUAGCGCUAGGGGUACCUCCAGCGACAGAGUUCCACCUUCAAAGAUGUUGCAGCUGGGAAGUAGCACCCUGGCCCCGGCGUCAUCGUCAUCCUGCUUGAAGCGAAAGCCGAGCGAGGUCAUCGCGGCAGCGCGGCAGCCGGGCGGCCUCACGGCUCCAUCUCGCAGUCAGCUGGACAACAUGACGUGCCGGAUAGUGGCUUUUCAGGAUAUGGGAGACUACACCCACCAGGUGGAUUCGGUCGUCCCGGUGGAAGAGCCACUUUUCAAGGCAACUCCGCCGGAGAUCCGGUUCGCAAACUUUGAAAGCUUGCAGAACCUGGACGCCACCCUUUGCUUGCGCAAUCAAGACAAUGUGGUCAAGAUCCUGCAUCUCGGUAGCAUGGAAGAAGCAGGGUUCAACUGCCGCAAAAUCAACGGAGAUGGCGACAACAAGGUCGCACCAGGGAUGGAGGUUUCGUACACGGUACGCUUCACCCCGGAUCAGCAGGUUGAGGACUACUCCUACGACCUCGUCGUUGUGACAGAGCGGGAGCGCUUCAUCGUUCCCAUCCGAGCGAGCGGGUGUAGCGCCUUGCUCGACAUGCCUGACGAGCUGGACUUCGGCGUGUCGCCAGUGAAGUUUGAGUCGCCGAAGACCAUCAUGGUCCGGAACGUGGGCGAAAAGGCCACCAAGUUCCUGCUGAAGGUGCCACCACCUUUCAGCACAUCAAUCCAGGAUGGGUACUUAGAGGUUGGCGAGAUUAUGCAGGUGGACGUUGUGUUCAGACCUGACAAAGCUGAGCAGUACGAGCCCAGCCCCCACAAGCGGCGGGACUUGCUCAUCCUUUAUGGCGAUGGAAUUGAGGCUUAUAUGGCCCUGAAGGGGAAAGCAGAGAACGUGUCUGUGACCUUCUCGGCCAACCAGCUUCAGAUGGAAGAUACUUUUAUUGCGCUUUCAACCCAGAAGACAAUUGUCAUCCACAACAAUUCGGAGAUCCCUGUGGACUUUAGCUGGCGUGCUUUCCCUUCUAUACAGGAGGAGAUUGGCCAGAAGCUCAAGCUCCAGGUCCAGCUCAAGCAGGAGGAGAGUGACGAGGCUGCAGCGCUGCAGGAGUUGAGCUCGAUGGGCGAAGACUCCGACGAGGAGUCUCAGCUUUCCGAGUCCUCAGACGAGUACAUGACCAAGUGCUCCUCGCUGAAGGGCGUGGAGCUGGCGCAUGGGGCGCUACAAAGACGAUACAAAAACAUCGCGAAGGCGAUUCUGGAGGACCCAAUGUUUUUCUACGACGAGAUUUUUGCGGUUGAGCCGCUGUCCGGCCGUAUUUGGGCGAAGUCCAAGGUGGCCAUCACCUUCACUUUCACGCCGAAGGCGGCUCUGAACUACCAGUGCCUGGCUUAUUGUUCCAUUGUCGGUCGCGCUGAGCGCUUGCCGCUCUUGCUCAAGGGAAUCGGGAUUGGGCCCAAGGCUGCCUUCUCUUAUGAUGAGCUAGAUGUUGGCGACAUUUUUGUGGAGUCUGUCCACCAGUACGAGGUCAACUUGAUCAAUCAAGGCGACAUUGAUGUAGAGUUCCGACUGGUUCCGAACACGUCCCCUUUUGGCUCGAAGUUUGCCUUCACGCCAAGUGAUGGCCGCUUGGAAGUCGGCGGCCAGUGCACCAUCGUGGUUGAGGUGUGCCCGGAUCUUCUCGGGGAGUUCCAGGAAACAUUCUACUGGGAGCUGGUAGGAAGCACCUCCAAGAUAGCACUGGGCUUUCGGGGCCAUUCCGUCUCUCCCACUUUCCACUUCGACUUGGACCGCAUCUCUUUUGGCGUAGUCAGCUACGGCUUUCUCAACUCCAAGACGCUGACGCUCACGAAUACCUCAGACCAGGGCGCAUGGAAUGCCCUACCCGCUGCGCGCGGAGACUACGUAGAGCUGAAGCUCCUUGAUGCCUCCCACCACCCUCAGGGGAUGGGAGAAAGCCCCAUGCGAUAUGGGGAGUGGUUUACAGGUACCAUCAUCGCGGUUUCAGAUGGGUACCUCCAGUGGUGGCUGGACGAAGGAGAGGGCUCUGCGGAGCAGAGGUGGUUCUCCUUCCACGUCUGUGCCAAGACCCCUGCCACCUGCAGAGUGUCGAAAGGGCGCCCCGACAUGGAGUUCCACUUCGAGCGACGCGCCAAAGAACCCCGUGCGCGGGAGAAGGCCUCGGGGCCAGCGGCGGAAGCAGAGGCUGCCCUUGAGAAGAAGAGGCGCCGCUGGCUGGCGUCGGUAUCCUCUGACUCGUCUUUUCGCGAAGCCUCCUCGUCUCGCGACCGCCAGCUGCAGCUUCUGGAGUACUCGGAGAGGGACCCAGGGCGGCUGGCGGCUCGUCUUCUGCAGAAGAUGCGAACGCUGCUCGCACGGGACGGGGGGGCGCUGAACUUCGCAGCCCGAGGAGAUCCGGCGCCACCUGUGGCGACCAGCUAUCUCCUAACCAUACUGGUGCCGGAGUACAGGGCGAAGGUGGGAGUACCCCUCCUGAGAGAACUCAAGACCCUGUGCAAGACUCUGGACCUGGUGGUCGAAGGGGAAGCGCGGCGCGCCGCAGACCUUCUCGCGCAAAGAGUGAAAGCGAUCGAAGCCUCCCUGGCCGACGAUCACUGGCUCAAAGCGCAGUUCUUGGAACUGGUGCCGCGAGAGGGAAGUCUCCAUGGAGACCGACGAGGCGGUGAUGGCGGCCCGCCAGCUAGCCCUGGAGACCAAGGUGAAGGAAGCAGGGCAACGGUCUUGGGGCACGCUCGCGCGGACGAAAGCGAGCCGCCUCCGCUCCGGACCUCAACCCCCGAGGGGGAGAAAGGCAAAAAGGGAGAGGGCAAGAAAGGAGAGAAGGGAAAGAAGGGGCGAAAGUACAGCCCGCCGAGGCGGAGAAAGGCCUUUGGGGUCAGCGAGGACGAGGACACCCUCCGUGACUCCCUGGAGCACGCAGCAAAGCAUGCGGCGGUUCCCUAUCUUGGCUCUUUCUUCCGAAGAAUGGAGGAGACCGAGGCAGCCCCCCCGGGCGCGGAGCCCACCAGGGAACAGGACCUGCUCCCGAUCCAUGUUGACGCUACCUGCAACAUAGAAGUUGUGGAGAACUGCUCCCAGCUGGUUCUCGAGACCACGCUGCACACCCUCAACUUCCACUACUGUUGUGGGUGGAUCAGCCCUGUGUGCUGGCCACCACCUGAAGAGAUCACCCCGCGGCAGGCGGAGGCUGUGAAAGGAAUCGUGAAGGCCUGUGCUGGCUGCUUGGGCAGAGGCCUGCCUCUGGGAGGACCGGCUGAGGCCGAGAAGAUCCUCUCCAGUCGUUCUCGCGACUACGAAGGGAACAUGGUGGAGCGUGUGGGCGAGAUCCAAGCGGAUCUGGUGAUCGCUGCCUGGCCCAAGGUUGGUGAGGCGGCGGUCGCCAGCGUCACCGACUUUUUGACCGGUGAUGCCCUCCAGGCCGUGCUCUCACCGAGACCUCACUUCAAGAGAGGGAGCGACCAGCCUAGAACCUCUAAGAAAGGUCGGCUGCAUGCCACCCAAGAGGAAUGGAACAAGGUUGUCGCAGCGGCCUUCCAGCGGAAUAUGAUGGGGCCAGUGCCGCGCGACGCACAAGGCCACCUGAUUACAAAUGGUGCUGGAGCUGUUGAGAAGCGGAAGCUGGUCGGAGGCAAGGAGGUUGCUAUGCAGAGGUUCAUUAGCAACUUCGUCCCGAUCAACGAAUACCUGGAGGCCCUUCCAGGUGAUCAGGACUUCCUCCCUUACGUGGCUCAACUUGGCCUGCUGCUCCUGGAGGACAACCAGACUCUGAUGAUAGAGCCCGAAGACCUUACCUCUGCCUUCAACCUGUUCCGGAUGCCCGACGCCUGGCUGCCGUACUUCUCGUAUGCCAAAAAGGUGCCCGGGCAUAUCCUGGGCUCCAACGAGGUGUGGGUCAGGCCGGGGCUGCGCGUCAUCCCCAUGGGUUGGAGCUCCGCCGUCACCAUCAUGCAGGCGGUACUCCGGAACCUUGUUUUCACCAAGGCCGGGGUGCCAGAGAGCCUGGAGAUUUCCAAGGUCAAGGAAAUACCCGCUGAGGGCGGAGCUGUACUUUACCUUGACUCCUUUGACCAGGUACGGAUGGUAGACACCACGCUGCGCGCAGUGGAGGAAGGUGUCGCCAGUCCAGAGCAUGAAAGGUUUCGGGCUGCGUGCCUAGAAAGAGGUUUCCCCCUCAAUGCCUCCAAGUCCCUCGCGGGGGCGCUCCGAGGAGGCAUCCAAGGAGGGGUGCUCGAUGGAGACAAGGGGCUAUUUCAGUGGGAAGCGACAAAGCUGUGGGUUGGAAUCGCGACCUUGGUGGCCGCCUUCCGGCGCCCGCUCUUUGCAGUUUUCCAGGAGAUCUUCCCCCUGAUCGAGAGGGCCAAGGAAGGAGCGGUGGAUCCCGAUCCACAGGUCAUCGAUCAGAUGCUGACCUUUGUGCUCCUGCUGCCCUUGGCCUCCACCUCCUUGAGGGCCAGAGUUUCGGGUGAGAUCUCCUGCUCCGACGCCUCGCUUUGGGGAGGCGGCGCUGCUGUGGCCCAGACCGCUCGGAGGCCCACUGUGGCGGCAGUGGAGGAGGACGAGGUUGGUGUUUGUGCCCGCUGCGGCGGAGUCGAGUCUUGGGCGCGGGCACUUCUACCCUUGCCCCGCUUCAUGUGGGAGGUCCUUUUGCUCCAUCUGGUGCAUUGCCAGCCCCUUACGGAGGCCAUGGCCUUGAACAAGGUGGCCGUGCUCACAGCCUUGGGGCCCAACGUCAAUGACAAAGAUGAUUUUUGGAGCGCGGCUGGGAAGGAGAAGCUAGAGAGGGGCGAGCAGGCACAGCUUCAGAAUGGCAGAUGGGUGGAUGCCGCCGCCUUCGAAGUGAGGAGGGCUAACACCCUCGCCCUGAGAGCUUUGAAGUCGUUGUCUCGGGCCGUCGAGGAGAACUCCCUCUGCUACGUUUGCCAACCCUGGGGCUCCUACCUUUGGUACCUCCCAGAGGCCGAGGAGCUAAGGGAAACAAAGGGGAUCUUCUCCACCUCGUUUCCCUUGUGCUGCUUCGGCGGACCCAAGCGGUGGGUAGAGCUUCUUCACAACUCGCCUGCGGUCCACCAAGCCCUGCACCGGACCGAGUGCCGAGAACACGAGGAAGAGCCCAAGGCUUGGUACGACAACACCGGGCGGAUACGAUUCGCCUGCUGCGAAGAACUCCGCCUUCCGGAGGAUCUGUGCGACACCCUUGCCCUGGCGAUCAGAAAAGAUCUGGCUGAGAUCUGUCCCCUCAUCCCAGGCAAGCUCACAGAUCGCACGAUCGCCGCGGCGGAGGCAGCGGCCGAGGUGAUUGCGCCCAUCGCCCGGGAAAUCCUUGAGAACCCCAUAGAGCACCUGCGGAGGAUGCUUAGCCGGGGCCAUUACCGAGGUACCGAGGUUCGGCUCAUGGCUCCGGGCGAGCCAGACAACCUCAAGUUGGUACCCUACCCGGCGCAUCUCUGGCGGUGGCGCAACACGUUGUCCUUCGCUUGGCACAACGAAGACAACAUCACCGCGCUAGAGAUGUUGGCGGCUCUAGCUGAGAUCCGACGGCAAUCGCUCUUGCUCACUGGUGGUGGGGCCUUGAGUUGCCAGGAGACCGCCGGCCCUCGUGGGCCCCCUGGCUUUUCACCCGUGCUGUGGUUCGUCCACGGUGCGCUGAUCAUGACCGCUGCCUCGGUUCCGAUGCGGUUCGCUCUGCGCAUUCCGGGGGAUGGGCGAAGUAACCAACGUGAGUUCGACGUGAUCCCACCGAAGGGCACUCUGUUGCCCAAUUGCUCUCAGAAGAUCCAAAUCGACUUCGUCAGCCUCAAUGUCAAGUCCUACGAUCUGUGUCUAGUGGUGGAUCUCGACGGUGUCGGACAGGAGUUGGCGAGCAUCCCAAUCCAAGCGCGAUGUGCAGUACCGCAAGUGGCGCUGGAGCCUUCGGAACACCUGGAGUACGGUGACAUCUUCAUCCGAUAUCCCUCGCACCAGACUUUGGUGCUGAACAACACCUCAGCCUUGCCAGCAAAGUUUCAGAUCAUGCCCCAGGACGAUUCGACGAGGUCGAUUGCAGAGUUUGAGCCGGAUCAGUCCUUCGGCUCAGUGCCUCCGGCUUCCUCGCAUGUCCUCACCUUCACUCUGACCUCGCAAGUGAUAGGAACACUGCAGAUUCCGAUCACCAUCCGGAUUCUGGGGCACAACUCUGCAAAUACGGUGAUCUUGAUUGCCAAUACGAUUGGGCCUAUCGUCAACAUUGAGCCAAGCGUCGUGGACUGGGGCAACUCACACUGCCUGGAGCCAAUCACGCGGUCUGUACUGGUCAGUAACAACUCGGUGAUCCCAGCAUCGGAUGCCUGGCAACAGCAGCUGUUUACGCCAAACCCCGUUCGCUGCAUCAUGAAGACCCGGAACUCGCUCUGGACGUUGUCUCCGAAGGCCAUGGAGCUGCAACCACACGAGUCCGCCUACCUGUACAUGACGCUGACCAUUGAUGAAGUGGCCAAGAUGACAGACAUCGCGCAUGUCAUCGUGCACGAGAGCAACGACGUCGCAGUCACGGUGCGCGCCAAAGGGAUUGGCACGCCUGUGACCUGCAAGGAGUCGCUCGAGCUCAUCGACUUCGGUACGCAGUACACAACUCAGACACACUCGAGGGAGGUGGUGAUCGAAAAUCGUGGGCGCCAACCACGAAAGCUAGUUUGGACGCUCGAGUCAGAAGAAACCAAGAAGAAGGACCGAAAGACGCCAACGAAGGACAAGCCGGCAGAAGAAGGCACGCUCAGGAAGCCACGUUUUGAACUCUGCGCACUCCGUGCUUGUCUUUCUGCUCCGUCGGCAUCUGUGGCGCAUCGGCCGGGAAGGGCGGGGGAGAGUUCUUCACAACUUAGCCAUGGAAGCGCUUUGGCCAUGCCGAAGCCACCCGCCGGUCGAGAUUGGAUCGAUUCUGUCGACGACACGUUCGACACCUUGGCGCGUCCCGGGGCCCGGCCUUCCCGGCCUUCACAAGCAAGUCCGCCGAGACCCUCCCGUCAUUCGCGACACUCGCGAAAGUCUAAUGACAGCCCCAAAUCGCAGCGCGUCAGUGAGAGGUCGCUGCAGCCAGCAAGGGUGCAGGCAGACUCCUACCAAGACUGGAGACAGGCACAGGAAGAGGCAGCCCGUGCCAUUCGGGCGGUGGAGCCGUCCAAAAGGAAGAAGACACGCUUCUACAGUCGGCUCCGGGUCUGCGUCGUCGUGUGCUUCGUCGCUGGCUACAUUGCCUUGGUCGCGGUCCUUGUCUCGGCCAUUCUGUCCGAAAGGAGUGAGCUUGGGGAGACCGGCGAGCCGGAAUGCGAGAAGCUUUGUCCUCUGAACACCCGGUGCCGGAUGGAAGAGGGCGAAGCUCGCUGCGUGGCCUUGCCGGGAAGCAACCUGGAGACGAUGGAGCUGAUUCUGUGGAUUGUGGUGGGGCUGCCUUCCUUGAUCUGCAUCCCCUGUCUUUUUCAGUGGCUUCUUCGCAGAUGUUGCCCCAAGUGCUGGGAGAAGAUGGCGAAGUCGCGGUGGGGUUCCGCGGCCUUUGAAGCCUAUCAGGCCGACACGGAAGCCUUGGGAGCGAUGCUCGGCAAGCCGCAACCCGAGACCUCCGAGACCUCCGAGACCCCAGCGCCGGCCGUGGCCGAGGCCCGGAGUUCCAAAGAGGACCCGCCGGGCCAGGGCCACAGCCAGGGCCACACUGCAGCGAUCCCUGUGGAAGAUGGCUUGAAUGACCUCUUCGCGCCACUGGCAAAGAGCCGCCCUCCUAAAGCCUCUGCAGCGGAGGAGGAGGAGCUGGACCUGCUCUUUGCACGCAAGCCCAAGCCCAAGGAGCCCGAAGAGGUCGUUCCUGUAAGGGGGCCGCCGAAACCUCCCUCCACAGACCUGGAGUCGGCCUUCAGCCAUCUCUUCCACAAGCGCGCGAGGCUCCUACCGAAGCCGCAGCCAAAGUCAGCUGCAGUCUCAACUCCCGGCUCGGCGCUGCAUUCAGACUUCUCGGCGGGGAUGAGCGUGCUCUUUGCCAACGUGCAGAGCUCCAAAGCUAAGCAGACUUGGGACGCCCGGAACGAUCCGGAUCCGCAGUCGCAGUCCACCGUCAUCGAGGCCUCCAGGGUGCACAGCGAAGCUCCUGCAGGCGUUGGGGACUUUCUUGACCAAGAUCUGGGGGACCCGCCAGAUUUCUUUGCUUUUGCGAAGCUUGUAGCGGGAUCUGUGGAUACCGCUAGAAGCCAUCUACACGAUAGCGAUGCUGCCAGUGAUUCCGGCGACUCUCUCGGGCAUUUAGAGCCCAGUGACCUGUUGGAUUUGUUUCACCCGACUUUGGAUGGGAAAUGCGCCUUUCGCUUCGUUUUCAACGCCUCGAGUCCCAAGCCUGGCUCGCUCUCGGACACCUUGGUCUGCACCGAGCUCUGCGGCAACGACCGGAAAGGGAAUGCCAUCUACAAGACCGAGCUUCGAGGAAACUUUGUGCUUCCACUGUUGGAGCUGUCCGCCACGUCCGUUUCCUUCAGAUAUCUGUGGGAGCGCAACUGCCCGCUGCACCCGCUCUCCGAGCCGUUGGUGCUCAAGAACAUCUCUCCUUUGGAGUUGGAGCUUUCGGCUGCCAUCGUGGUUCCAGAUGGCUGCGUCCAUCAGUUCAGGAGCUGGCAGCUGAACGCCGCGCUUUUCCUGGCAGUGAGUGUGAGUGUGCGGAAUGGCCUUGCUCUUAUGCUGCCUGGGGGCGUCAAGCUGCCCCCUCCGGCCCCGCUCGCGAUGCGGCAGAGGACCACGAAGCUGCGAGACCCGGAAACAGGUUUUCGGCGACCACCGCCCAAAGAAGCUGACUUUGCCCUUGAUAUCUUCCAGCGGACGUUUCCUCGAGUCAACACAGAGGAGCACAUCCUUAUCCGCCGAUGGGAGGAUAUGGUAGAUAUCUUCGAAAGUCCGGAGCUCGUCAACCAGUUGAUAGAGGACGAGCCCUCGAUCCUCCGAAUGCCUCGGCGAACUGCUCGGAACGCCCUCCACCUCCUGAGCAUCUACUUGGGGGAGGAGGCAGCGAAGGAAGCCGUCUUCGAAUGCCCAUACCUGCUCACGAAGAACUCGAAGCUCAUGCGCGCAACGCUCCCGGCACUCAUCAAUGUGCUGGGAUCGCGGUCGCGGCUGCGAGAAGUCAUCGCCAAGUAUCCUCAGCUGACCAAUCUGCCUGUGGGCGACUUCUACAAGGCGAUGGGUGACAUGACCGCGGUAAUGGGCAGCACGGAGGCAGCCAUGGCCGUUGCCAAGGAGGCCAUGGACCGCGUGGCUCGCUCGCCCUACGUCUCUGCCGUGCCAGGAGGUUACCCCGUGCUAAUCGCAAUUUUCGGGAACCUAGAGGAGGCGCACAAAGCCAUAGCCCAGGAGCCGCUGCUGCUGAAGUGGUACGGUGAGAACUUCUUGGGCCGGCUCGGAACCCUUCGCCAGCUCCUGGGAAAGGAGGGAGCCCAGAACGCCGUGAGGAAGGCGCCAUACCUUCUGCUGGAGGAGAACCAGCGCAAGUCUCGAAAAUUCGAGUUGGCUUUCGAAGCCGUGGAAAACCUCUUCGGUACCGAGGAAGCCCGACAGAUAGUCGGGGAUAGGCCGGAGCUUUUGGCCCUUGGGUGGAAGCUCCACCGGGCCCUGCGCUUCGCAGAGCGACGCUUGGGCUCCAGAGAGAAGGUCCGCGACAGGUUCGACGCCAUUCUGGAGCGCACUGGCUUGGCUGAGCACCUGAACUGGGAGCGGAAGCAGCGGCCUCGCAAUGGCCUCUGGACCCCGAAGCUGCGGAUGCACAACGGCUACCCGUUGAACCACGGGCCCUGGUCGCCCUACACGAACCCUCUGGGCAAGGGAGGCCCAGCUCGGGGGCCUUGGCAAGACUUCACGGAGGAUGAGGAAAAAGAGGAAGACAAUGUCGAAGAGAAAGUUCGCUUCUUCAUCAAGGUUCAACCGCCCUUCUACGUCAACAUCGACACGUGCUACUUGCGGUCUGGCGAAACUUUGGAGAUUCGUGUGGAGUUCGAUCCGGCCUACAAGGUGGAUCGCGUUUGUGGCACCGUGAAGCAGAAGCUGACAAUCGUGUACCAGGACCACCCGCAGCGGGAUCAUGUAAAUCUGGUUGGUGAAGUCAUCUUCCCAAACCUCACGCUUAGCAACAACAAGUUGGACUUCGGCUCCGUCCUCAAUGAGACGAGCAAGCAGCUCACUAUCACCAUGGCCAACCCCAAUGCUCUUCCUGUGAAUUUCCAGUGGUCCUUCGUGGAAGAAGAGAUGAGCGAAGAUGAUGUAAGCGGUGGACAAAGGGCAUCGGUUGUGAUGCAGAGCACAGCGAACUCGGCUGCGAACUCCUUCAGUUCAGGAUUUCCGCCGAAACCGACGGCUUCCAUCCGCUCCAUUGCCGAUCCGAAUCUGGAGAUGUCCAGCCUGCCGCGGCUGUCUCAAGUGGCCGAAAUGCAGGGCACGCUCCUCCCCAAGCAGAAGCAGCGCCCGGCUGUGGACAUCAAUCAGAUCUUUGACAUCUUGCCCAUCAUGGGUGUCUUGGAGCCGGGCCAUACGCAGGACGUCACCUUCACUUACUUCGGCAUGAAGAACCAGAAGUUUGACUGCUUGGCCGUCUGUCAGACAGAGGGGGGCCCGGAGUACGAGGUGACGCUGAAAGGCCAGGCAUCUCGACUGGACUUCCGCCUGGACAAGACGGAGCUUGACUUCGGCGAGAUUCCGUACACUGAGGUGCAAGAGCGGGAGAUCGUCCUUGCAAAUACCGGCAAGGUCGCCUUCCAAUUCAAUUGGAACCUUUGCGCUCUCUCACGUCCUCCAGUGCUCGACUGUUGGCCUGUCUCUGGCCAAAUCAAUCCUGGUGACAAGGAGCGAAUCACGAUCCGAUUCCGUACAGGUAUUCCGGACGAGGUGAACGAAGUCGCAUUGCUGGAAGUUGCCCACUUCGAGCGGCAGCGAAUCAACGUCCGAGGACAUGGGAUCUUUCCGGGGAUCUUGCUCUUGCAGGGCAGCAAUCCUGAUGUCUUCAAGGGCCUGGAGCGCAGCAAUGAGCAAGAGCAUCAGACCAACAAGGAGUUGGCACUGCAGCGGCUCAGGGAGAACGGACCUCCUCCUCAAGCUGCCUGCGUCUCGUCCACCUCCAGCAUGCACAGUGCAGAGAUCUCUGCAAACGAAUCCGCCGCGAGCCUCGCGGAGUGGCAGCCGGAGCCACAGGUGGUGGAGUUCGAGGUUGACCGCCACUUUAUCUGCCAGUCUCUUCUGGCGAAAGAGAAGGAGCUGUGGGAGAAGCACCUGGAGAAGUGCAACAAGGAAAGCAAGGAGACCUUCGGCAAGGGAUCAGGGCGAGGCUCGGCAAGGGGCCGCGGCGAGCGGCGCCCGAUGUUGGAGGUGACACACAUCACGGCAGCCUAUUACGAAUGCAACUUCGGGCACAUCGUCCUUGGCCACUCCGGAAAGAAGGUGAUCUCCGUGUACAAUUGCUUCCAUGAAAGCGUGUCCUUCAACAUCAACAAGCGGCUUCUGAUGCAGAAAGGCUUCCAGAUCAGCCCAGAGAAGGCCGUUUGCGCUGGUUUCCCGGCCGUGAGAAACGAAAUGUUCAUCACAUUCUCGGAAGGUGAGCAAACUACCUCCUGGGAAGCAAGUGAAGCUGGAGCUCACCUGCUUCCGCGACAGGAUGGCUGUGACUCAACUUGUAGCCUCCUUGCCGCUUUCGUUUCUGAGCAUCUGCUGGCGACUGGCGAGGAGGGCAAGCAGGAGUUGAACUGGAUCAUUCCGGUCCGGGGUGGGCCAUCCUACGAGGUGAAGCUGAUGAGUGAAUUUGUGCGGCCUGACCUGGAACUGUCUUCCGACUCCAUCGACUUCGGGCACGUGAUCGUUGGACAGGUGAAGAGGAUCACCAUCAAGCUUCGCAAUGCCAAGUCGGUGAUGGCCAGCUGGGAUUACAAGGCUCCGACGGCGAAGCCCGGGAAGCCGAUGGAGUUCGCCUACUCCCUGAGCCCUCGCUCCGGAAGGGUGGCCCCUGGAGAGUCCCAGUUGGUGACGGUGAGCUUCACGCCGACAUCAUCGCGAUCGUACAAUCAGAAGGUGGCCCUCCGGAUCAUGGACAACCCCAUGAGAAAGAUGCUGCACAUGAGAGGAUGUGGUGACGGCUUGAGGGUGAACGUGGAGCCUUCGACCACCUUCGAGCUGGGUCCGGUGCUGCCGGGCACGGAGGACUGCAUGCAGGAGCUCUUCCUGUGCAACCCCACCAACUACACCAUCGAGGUGUACAGUGUGGACUUCGACACGAAGUAUCAGGAGGAGGAGUUCUUCCUCCAUGUCUACGACAAGUAUGAGAACAACUCCAUGGAGAUGCCAGUCCGCACCCCCGGAGCACCGACCUGGCCGGCUGUGGCCAAGCACGGUCGGGAGGUGCGGCGCCAACAGGAGCGGCAACGCCGGCUCCAGGAGAAGGCGAGGGGCGGCAACUCUCUCGCUGCCCUGCUGACCCUGCUUGCCUUCAUCUCGUCCUCCCUCGCUUUGUCUCCGGAGCGCCGGCUCAAGGAGCGCGCCCUGCGGCGCGAAGAGGCCACGCUCCGUGCAGAGGCGGCCAGGAAGGCCUCUGAGGAGCCGCCCGAGGAUCCGGAAGAGGCCGAGAGGCUUGGAAGGCAAAAGUCUCCAAAGCCUGAGGGAGAUAUAAGGAGCUUCAGUUCGCAGUCAUAUUAUGUCGUCUGA